AAAAAAAAUCUUGUUUUCCAUUUCCAACCAGUUCCAACCGCCAAGUAACUUACCUUACCUAGACCAAAUUCAACUGGAACUUGGUUCUCAAAUCUUCAAUGGCUUCUGUUCUGUGCUCAGCACCCAUAACUUCCUUCAAUGCUACACCAAAACCAGGGAAGUGUAUGAGCAAUGAUAACAAUCAAAAGCAUGCUCAAUAUGAUGUGUUCCAAAAUUCUCCAGCUGCUAAAUUUGGCAAACUGAAAGCUAAGGCUGCAAAAAGUAAUCAAAGUGGCAAAUCGAAAAGCAUUAUUUGUGCUGAUUGUGAUGGAAAUGGUGCAAUUCAAUGUUCGCAAUGCAAAGGUAGCGGAGUGAACUCUGUUGACAUUUUCAAUGGACAGUUCAAAGCUGGUGACUCAUGUUGGCUUUGCGGUGGUAAAAAGGAGAUGUUAUGUGGAAAUUGCAAUGGAGCAGGUUUCCUUGGAGGUUUCAUGAGCACCUUCGAUGAAUAGAUUUUUUGUUGUUUUUCUGCUAUUUCCGAAGAAUUGAAGUUGAGAGCUGGAUGAUGCAGCAGGAGUGCUUGUGCCAUAUAUAGAAGUCUGAUUUGGUCCUCAGUAGUCAGUACCCUAGAGCAGUUGUAUGUUAGUGAACACAUGUAUCAACAUAGGAGGUUUUUCUUGGAGCAUUUAUAGCUUUUGUAUGAUAUUGUGGCAUGUAAAUCCCUUCUCUGUUUUCGUCUAAAUAUUGGGCAUGUAUGUUAGAAAGUACACUGGUGCUAAAGCAAGCAGAAGACAAUGAUAGUUUCCCCCUACCCAUUCCUGUGAGAACUAAACCUACUCAUUACUGUGAAGGCUAGAUUUCUGUUAGUUAUUUCU